CUCCAUCCAGCUCUCCUCACUUGAAUCUGCUCAUUGAUCACUGUGCUCUACCAGCCAAGCCCAAAGAUGUCCUGCAACAGCCUGUGCAUCCCCACCUGUGGCGUUGCCACCCCGGCCCCUGUGGCUGACACCUGCAACGAGCCCUGCGUGCGGCAGUGCCCUGACUCCACGGUGGUCAUCCAGCCCCCGGCCUCGGUGGUCACCUUCCCCGGGCCCAUCCUCAGCUCCUUCCCGCAGCAGAGCGCCGUGGGCUCGGCCGGAGCUCCCUUCGUGGGAUCCGGCUCCGGUGGCGCCUUUGGUGGCCGUGGUGGCUACGGGGGCUUCGGAGGCCUCGGGGGCUAUGGGGGCUAUGGGAGCUAUGGGGGCUAUGGCGGCUAUGGCAGCUGUGGCGGUUAUGGAGGUUUUGGGGGUUAUGGCAGCUGCGGCCGCAGCUCCCGGUCCUUCGGGGGCUCCUGCGGGCCCUGCUAAACCCCAAACCCCGCCGGAGCUCAGCGCUGCCCCUGCCCACGGGCUCCUCCAGCAGCCCCUGCUGCCUUGUGCCGCCUGAGCCGGGCUGAAGCUGCAGCCCCUGCUCAGGGCCGGCCCGGCAGCCCCGGGAGCUGCAGGGUUCCUGUCACUGCCGGCUGACCCUGCAGAGCCCCGGCCGGCGCCUUUGGCCUUGCCAGCGCUGCCUCCAAAAGCUGCCCCCUCUCUGCGUCCCCAGCCAGCUGUGCCGAGCCUGGGCUCAGGCUCUGCCCUGCUCUGCCCAGCCCCGAGCCCCGGAGCCGCCCUGGCAAGGGGCAGUGUCUGGGCUGCAGCCUGGGCUGUGCCUCGCUGCAGCUGCUGCUGCCUCAGGAUUUUCAUCUUUCCAUCGCCUUGUUGCUGGCUUGUCUCUCGCUGACACCGCCUGUGGCCUUUUCAUUCACAAUAAAGAAUCUGCAUUGCA